GGUUCACCCAGCCCCCAUGACGAAUUACGAAUCGCCCUCGUCGGCUUCCUUCCCGCUGCCCUCUCGGUGCGGAAGUGCUGUACUCAAGAGCAGCAGCAGAACCAGAGCUGCCACUGUUUGGAUAAACAUCAACGUUACGCUAGUUCAGUAGCACGUUUUCUUGCAUCCGCGUCUCUCCUUUCGGGACUUGUCAGCGCUCAUCUUGACCGAGCACCAUAGCAGUAUUAUGCGAGCACCAUCCGGAGUGUGGGAGCACCGUGCGAAGUGAGUUUUCUUGAAUCAUCUAUAUGGGCCAUCUUCUCUCGAAAAAUGGUUACCGCCUAAAGAAGAAGACACGCAAGUUGCAUCACAGGAAGAAGAAGAAGAGGAACUGUUUCUUGCAGCUGCCUUGCAUGCUGUGCUUCAUUGUCCACAGCAACAGCAGCGGUCUUGACGACGACAGCGACCAUUUGGAGGCCGGCGUCAACGGCAGCGGGUGCCGUCACAACAGCAUCACCGGGAUCAGUGUCCCUGGUGUGGGUGGAGUAGGCAUUGGAGCAGCAGCUGCCUCGAAGCUCGCUGAGCGAUACGCAACACUCGCAUCUCCCGAGGACUGCUCCAAGUUCCUGUUGUCAUCACGGGAGUUGGCUAUCUGGGAGGGCCAAGGGAGGAGCCUUUUAUCAGCUGUUCCUGCCAAACUGAUUCCACCACCGGCGCUGUUCCGAAGUGCUGGGGUGUCUGUGACCGUACCCAUACCUGUGCCUGGCUGCACCAGCGAAUACACUGAGAUGGUGUGUAAGAGGAAGUGCUCAGAGGUGCAGAGGUGCACUCCCUGCAAGCAGCCGCGCUGCGCCUUCGCUGCCCCUGACGGAGGGCUGGAGAACGGAGGAGUGGGAGGAGGUGGGGGAGAGGCCGCCUCGAACUCUGAAACUGGCCACUGCCACCUUCCCCUCUGUCCACUUCCCUCCUCCUCCGCUUCUUCUUCCUCUGCCUCCUCCUCUUCCUCCUCACCUGCUGAUGGCUGCUGCGGGCUGGGCCUUCAUGCUGAUUUGCCCCACAGUUCAGACUCGUCCCCCUGCUGCCUGCAUCAUUAUGACGACUGCCAGGCGAGAAGUUCUGACGCUGCUGAUCACUUAAGUAUCAACCACCUGCCUUCCUCCAUCCUUCUUAAGGUACUCUCCCACUUGACCGUGAAGGAGCGCUGUCUGUGUGCCUCUCUGGUUUGUAAGUACUGGAGGGACCUCUGCUUGGACUUUCAGUUCUGGAAGCAAAUCGACCUCAGUGGCCUACAACAAGUAAAUGAUGAUCUCCUGGUGAAAAUAGCCUCUCGGAGGCAGAAUGUGACAGAGAUUAAUAUCUCGGAUUGCAGAGGGGUCUAUGACCAUGGUGUGUCCUCCCUGGCCUCACACUGUCCAGGCCUGCAGAAGUAUACAGCUUACCGCUGCAAACAGCUUGGUGACAUGUCCCUGUCAGCUUUGGCCACACACUGCCCUCUGCUGGUGAAGGUGCAUGUGGGCAACCAGGACAAACUAACAGAUGAAGCACUAAAAAAGCUGGGAGAGCACUGCAAUGAGCUGAAGGACAUCCACUUGGGUCAGUGCUACAGCAUCACAGAUGAAGGCAUGGUGGCGUUGGCUAAAGGAUGCCGUAAACUGCAGAGACUCUACUUGCAAGAGAACAAACUGGUCACUGAUCGGUCUGUGCGAGCGGUUGCAGAGCAUUGUCCCGAGCUGCAGUUUGUUGGCUUCAUGGGAUGUCCGGUGACCUCUCAGGGAGUCAUUCAUCUUACUGCGCUACGAAGCCUGAAUGUCCUGGACCUGCGGCACAUCUCAGAGCUCAACAAUGAGACUGUGAUGGAGGUGGUGAGGAAAUGUCACAACCUCAGUUCCCUCAACCUCUGCCUCAACUGGAGCAUCAACGACAGGUGUGUGGAAAUCAUCGCCAAGGAAGGGAGAAGUCUGAAGGAGCUCUAUCUUGUGUCUUGUAAAAUCACAGACCACGCUCUGAUAGCCAUAGGCCAGUACAGCAGUACCAUAGAGACUGUGGAUGCCGGCUGGUGUAAGGACAUCACAGACCAGGGAGCCACACAGAUUGCUCAGAGCAGCAAGUCCCUCCGCUACCUGGGCCUCAUGAGAUGUGACAAGGUGAACGAGGAGACGGUGGAGAGGCUGGUGGUCCAGUACCCUCACAUUGUUUUCAGCACGGUGAUGCAGGACUGCAAGAGAACCCUGGAGAGAGCUUAUCAAAUGGGCUGGAGCCCCAACACAUCGAACACUUCGUAGCUGCUGCUGGAUCACACACGCACACAUACAUACAAACACACACAAAUACACAUAGCUACACAGAGGCCCUUUUUGUGUACAGACACACAUACACAAUAUUUGCAGCUCAGUCAUGUUUGCUUCUCAUCCACUGUUCAAACAUGCAUGUGAACAUGUAGCUACACACUCACAGACAAAGGUCCAGUCCAUCAACUGUUUCAUUUGAAGCAAAUCUCCCAUUUUAAUAAUUUAAGUAAAAUAUGGGCUGGCUAGUAUUUUAUAAUUAAGUGAGACUUCACACACCCACCACUUAUUGGUUUUAGUCAACUUGACUGAAUCGUCCUCAUCAUCAUCGGCUUAGGUAUUCUCAGACUAGUUUGUUUUGGUGCAAAGCAGUACACUAUCAAGUGUUUUUGAUACCUACAUUAAGUGAGUGUUACUCAGUUGAUAGAGUAUUAAACCUCCUACAUUUUAAGUCCUCCGCAUCACCUUGGAUGGACUGAAGGUAAAGAUGCAUGAGGAGGGGGGGCGGACUGGUCUUGAACAUGUGAAAAAGAUCCAAACUAACGCAUCAUUUAAUCAAAGACAUUCAGUGAUGGUUGGACCAGAAUUGUUUUUAGUGAGAAUACAUUAAAAACAGGUUGUCGCCUCUAACUGGAACCAGUGUUCCUGAGCACUGCGCCCAUGUCAGCCCUCUGCAGUGUUUACAGUGCAAACUGAACGCAACUGCUGCAAUGAGAUCGCACUAGACAGAGCAGAGACUUGGAGAUCAGGAGACAACAUCCCACAACUUUGGUCCGGAAGACAACUGAACUGCCAGGGCUUCAGACCUCACUUGAGGCAUUUUGUGAAAUCUGUGAUGUUUAUUUUGUCCAUUUAGAAGAUUUUUCCUUUCUUGGAUGUUCAGUACAGUGUUAAAGGCAUUUGUAGACUCAUAUGCGUUGAGAUUGUUGACAAGGCUCCCAAUUAGAGGACAGAGCUCUUUGCUGUGACUUAAUAUGCACAUUGUCAUGGUACAGAAUAAAGAUUUAGGCCAGGAUCAGUCAAAGCCCUGGCAAAUGCAUGGCAGGAAAACAGCACUGAUUAUUUCUCAAAAACUGCAUGUUUACAUAGAGAUUCUCAUCUUAUUUUUUCAGCUAUAGAGAUAUUGUCUGCAGAUAAUCUGACGUUGAAAUUAGCCUCUCUAUGACUUGGGAACAAUGCUGUUUUUGAUGCCAUGCAUAGAUUUAGGGUUGACUGAGCAUCACAUUGAGUCAGUACAGAAUGAAAUCAAACAGUGCUUGAAAUAGAAGUUGCCUUUACCCUGGGUCAUGUUAUCAGAAUAUUAGCCACAACCACCGUGAUGACAGGUAAGAAAAAACGUUGCCUUAAGUGGUUAAUAGGUAAUUGCCAUCCAAUUAGCAACCUGAAAUCGACCCAGAAUUUACUAAAGAAAUGUUUAUCUGCUCUGAGUUUAUCUGAUACCAUAUUCCCAUUAUUUGAUCUGAUAUAUACAUAUAAAUAAAUACUGUGUGGGAUUUUCUUAGCCUAAUAUUGGUUUUGAGCAUAUAGUUGUAACAUUAUCUAUGUAGCAAUACAAGGAGGGAUUUAUCUUUCUUAGUGGUGUAGGAUGUAAAGAAAAAACUGGUUUAGGCCUAUAACCAGGGCCAGUAGGUAGGUAAGAGUUGAUCAUUUUCCAUCUAUUCUAUAGAAACUCAGUAGUCUACAGUUAAAAAUGCAAAUAACCAGGGUAUUUUUCUAUGGUGUGAACCAGCUCUGGGCUCAGCCUCCACACACUGUCACUCAGAUAUGAACAAUAGCUUACUGAGUUUAGGAUUUGAGUGGAACGGUAAACUUUCUACAGCAUAUAGAGAUUUCAGACAAUUAAAAACAUGUUCAUUUUACCCAUGUCAGAAUUUGUAGACUUUAAUCAAUUGAGAGUUUCUCCCUCCGCCUGUUUUUGUUCUGUUUCUGUUCUUUUGUAAUCCCCAUAUGCACUUUCUUCUCUGCUAGAUGUUGACACACUUGAUUCCUGAUUUGUUAAGGCAACCGUAAAUGACUGGAUUUACAUAAAGAUGAAUAAAACACUACUACUUCAA